UUUGAUUUGGUAUGCAUCCUAGAAGCAAAGAAGUUGUACAAUGCGCUUUCCGCGGUUUCAUAUUCAGAGUUUAUUGUUAUUCAUACAGUUAUUAGCUUUGAACCUGUAUUUAUUUUCUAAACAUAAUGUCUGUGCACAAACAACGCAAAACAUAAACGUGUUAUUUGUUAAUGAAGUUGGUAAUGAUCUUGCACAAGUUGCUGUUGACGUAGCAUUGAGUUAUAUCAGAAAAAAUCCCAGUCUCGGCCUUUUCGUUGAACUACUUUCAGUUGAAGGAAAUCGUACAGAUAGUAAAGGGCUAUUGGAAUCACUUUGUUCGAAAUACGCAGAAGCUUUAACCACUAAUAGACCACCUCACGUUAUAUUCGACACAACUUUGACUGGAGUAUCUUCGGAAACAGUGAAAUCUAUAAGUUCGGCUCUUGGAAUUCCAACAGUUUCUGCAUCGUUCGGCCAAGAAGGAGAUUUGAGACAAUGGCGAUCAUUAUCAGCAGUAAAAAGCAAUUAUCUACUCCAGGUUAUGCCUCCCACAGAUAUUAUUCCUGAAGUAAUCAGAUCUAUAAUCAUAUAUAUGAAUAUUACUAAUGCAGCCAUAUUAUAUGACGAAUCAUUCGUUAUGGAUCAUAAGUAUAAAGCUUUGUUACAGAAUAUACCUACAAGACACGUUAUAACAUCCAUUGGUAAUGAUAGAGAUCGAGCAGAACAAAUUGAAAAACUUCGCAAUCUUGACAUAAAUAAUUUUUUCAUUCUUGGCUCUUUAGCUUCGAUAAAGAAGGUUUUAGAAUCAUCCAAACGAGAAUUUUUUGAAAGAAACUUUGCAUGGCAUGCAAUUACACAAUUCCAAGGAGAACUAUCAAGCAAUAUUGAAAAUGCUACCAUUAUGCUGUUACGACCAGUAUCGGAUAGCAAAAGUAAAGAUCGUUUGGGCGUGAUUAGAACAACGUAUAAUAUGAAACAAGAACCGCAAAUUACUACAGUAUUUUAUUUUGAUCUUGCGUUACGCACGUUCUUAGCUAUUAAGAAUAUUCUUCAAGUUGGAGCUUGGCCACCGAAUAUGAAAUAUUUGACUUGCGAUGAAUACGAUGGGACUAACACACCAAAUCAUACCAUCGAUCUGAAAUCGGCCUUCGUUGAAGUUACAGAGCCCACAACUUAUGGCUCGUUCGAGUUUCCGAAAGGAAAGUCAUCGUUUAAUGGUCACAGUUACAUGAAAUUCGAUAUGGAUAUAAGUGCUGUAACCAUUCGCGGUGGAGCCUCAGUUAGUACCAAAAAUUUAGGAAAAUGGGAAGCAAGCCUCGAUAAUAUGAUUCAUGUUGUUAGCGAAGAUGAAAUGAAAAAUUUGACGGCGGAUACUGUGUAUCGGGUUUAUACUGUUGUUCAAGAACCGUUUAUAAUCAGAGACUCAACGGCACCCAAAGGAUUCAAAGGUUAUUGUAUAGAUUUGUUGGAUGAAAUCUCUAAAAUUGUGAAGUUUGAUUAUGAAAUAAGAGAAGUUGAAGAUGGAAAAUUUGGCAACAUGAAUGAAAAAGGAGAAUGGAACGGAAUAGUACGCAAACUAAUCGACAAGCAGGCGGAUAUCGGUUUAGGCUCAAUGUCAGUUAUGGCUGAACGUGAGACAGUUAUUGAUUUCACUGUACCGUAUUACGAUUUAGUUGGAAUCUCUAUAAUGAUGCAAUUACCAAGCACACCCAGUUCGUUAUUCAAGUUUCUUACAGUGUUAGAAACCAAUGUAUGGUUGUGCAUAUUAGCAGCUUAUUUUUUCACAAGCUUCCUCAUGUGGAUUUUUGAUCGUUAUAGUCCAUACAGCUACCAAAAUAAUCGCGAAAAAUAUAAAAAUGAUGAUGAAAAACGUGAAUUCAACAUAAAAGAAUGUCUCUGGUUUUGUAUGACUUCUCUUACACCACAAGGAGGAGGAGAGGCUCCUAAAAACCUUUCCGGCCGACUGGUAGCUGCAACAUGGUGGCUUUUCGGGUUUAUAAUUAUUGCAUCCUACACUGCUAAUUUGGCAGCUUUUCUAACAGUUUCAAGAUUGGACACACCUGUAGAGUCGUUAGAUGAUUUGUCGAAACAGUAUAAAAUACUUUAUGCACCAUUGAAUGGAUCAUCUGCUAUGACAUAUUUCCAACGAAUGGCGGAUAUAGAGGCGCGAUUUUAUGAAAUAUGGAAGGAAAUGUCUUUAAAUGACUCAUUAACUCCAGUUGAACGUUCAAAACUAGCAGUUUGGGACUACCCGGUGAGUGACAAGUAUACAAAAAUGUGGCAAGCAAUGCAAGAAGCGGGACUGCCAAACAGUUUAGAGGAAGCAGUUGAACGAAUAAGAAAUUCGACCUCAGCGUCUGGGUUUGCUUUUUUGGGUGAUGCUACUGAUAUCAGGUAUAAAGUCCUGACAAACUGUGACCUACAAAUGGUUGGAGAAGAAUUUUCAAGGAAACCAUAUGCAAUCGCAGUACAACAGGGUUCACCUUUGAAAGAUCAAUUCAACAAUGCGUAA